GCAACAACGCGGUUCUGAGGGUUGCCACUUACUGCCAGACUCGUCCUUUUAAGCCAAGUUGCUUUAUCCUCUCUGCCAGUCGCGUGUGGAAAGCACUAGCAGACACCUUGAACACUUCAAAGUCUUCAGCAUGGUUUGGGAACCUUUAACAUGCUGUGGAAUCAGCAGGAGGACAGCUGGCUUCACCAUAGCCUCCAUUACAGCCAUUUACUGUGUAAUUGACAUUGUUUUUGUCAUUUAUUUCGUGUCCAGCGGGUUCAUCAAUGAGUUGAUGAAACAACAAUGCAACGGAUUUCGAGAGUCUGAUCAUUCUGCAAUUUGUUUUGCCGGUGAUCAUGAAUUCACCUGGGGAAUAGUAACAUCAAUAAUAGUUAGAAUGUUGAUGGCGAUUCUACAUGUUAUCUGUAGCUUCCUCCUCAUCCAUGGUAUCAGAAAGAAUAUUCCACGUCUGAUGGUUCCCUACAUGGUGGUGAUGUCGAUUGCUAUCGGCUUACUGACACUCUUUGCUGUAGCCAUGUUGAUGUUGUUCAUCUUGCUGGACAUCGGGAUUGCUAUGGUAGCGGCUGCCAUCCUCGGAGGAAUUAUUUUCGUCAUGACUUACUUUAACCUCGUGGUUCGAGCCUACUACAUGGAGGUGGAUGGACUCAUGAAGGAUAACGAUCGAAAAAUCUGAACACAAUCCUGUACGAUUUGGACGACCAUCACUUGCACAACACAUAUGAGCCAAUUUGUUAUGGUUAAUCUCACUUGUAAUUUGUGAUUCUUUAACUUUCAUGUUUUUUUUUCUGAAAAAAAAAUCUGUUGCAUAUUAAGCGUUUCUUAUCUUAAUUUUUUCUUUCGCUAUUUAGGGGUUUAGGAAACAUUCAAUAGCUAUUACAACUACUUGUACUAUGUAGAUUAUGUAUGCGAUUUUCAGUACUAGUCACCUAUUGUGGAAAAGCGAUGGUUUACUAAUUACCAAUGAAACGUUUGCUAUGUAUCUUCAGUGUCAUAUAAACUUAUAUAACAAGUUUGAUUCAUUUUA